UUCACUCCUCUUUCCGCUCCCUCCAUCUCCCAGCCCCUCCUCCACCCUGCCGUAAAACUCCCACAAUCCCCUGCGGCGCAGGCUGUAAAUGACACCGGGCUGUUAAUUAAUUAAUGGCCAUUCGGCAGCAAGCUGGCCGUAGCACUCGAGGCUUCCGUCUGCGAGGAAGAACAGAGAGACGAGGAAGCUGGAGGAGGACAGGACAAGUGACAGGAGGAGAGAGAGGAAGAGAGAAUAAAGUAGAGGAGGAAGGGUGGCACUUUCACCCUGUUGGACUAUCAAUCAACCUGCUGCAGAGGGAGAGAGAGGUGGAGAGAGUGGAGAGAGAGACAGAGCGAGAGGGAGAGAGAGGGAGAGAAUGGCGAUGGACUGGCCUACACAUUCUCCCCCAGCACUGGUCCCGGCUGCGGUGAGUGCCGGAGCAGUCCUGGUUUCUCAUUAUGUCUUCAACGUUGCUGCCCAAGUCCCUGAUCCAGCGCUCUUGCCCACAGACCCCCCACCGAAGCCGGACCCCAUCACCUCGGAGACGGUUGUGUUUUGGGGACUUCGUCUCUGGCAGGUUGUGGGGAUUUUCUCCAUGUUUAUCCUGGUCAUCAUCAUUACGCUGUGCUGCAUUUUUAAAUGUCGAGUUCCUCGCACCAAGAAGGAGAUCGAGGCUCGUCACGCUCAGAGACAAGCGGCUAAGACCUAUGCUAACACACUGGAGACGGUUCCUCCUCUCAAUGAACUCACUGAGAUACCAGGAGUGAUUCGUACUGUCUCUGAGCAAGUGCAGACAUGUGACACUAAUCAACUUCCUGCUCUGAAUGAGGAAGAGGAACCGACCAAUCAGAGCGCUCAGAAUGAGACAGGCUAAAACUCUACUGUCUGUCUCUUUAUCUGUCUGUCUGUCUGUCUGUCUUUUUAUCUGUCUGUCUCUUUAUCUGUCUGUCUGUCUUUUUAUCUGUCUGUCUGUCUGUCUGUCUCUUUAUCUGUCU